AUGAACAUCAUCCAUGGGCGUGGCCGCAAUGUUCCUCGACAAGUUACUCUCCAAACACUUUCCGAGAUCGCGGCGUUGGUAGAUUACUAUGAGUGUUAUGAGGUGGUGGACGUGGUGUCUGGUGUAUGGUUCAAUAAUUUUUUUCUACAAAUGCCCGUCGCACUCGGCAAGGACGUUAUACUCUGGAUUUUCAUCUCUUGGGUCUUUCAACAACCUUUCGCAUUUACCUCAGCAACAAAAAUUGCGGCAACCCAGAGCCAACAACGGAUCGAUCCUGGUGACCUCCCAAUCCCUAAGCGAAUUUUGGAUAAAAUUGAGGAGCACCGUCGGAAUGGCGUCAAGUCUGCACUUGACAUGUCCUACAAUUUGGUUGCUGAUCUACGCGAUGGUCGCAAGCAUUGCUCAGACGUCUGUGAUGCUCUCCGUCUGGGUCUUUUCAUCAAACAGAUCCAUGCUGGUGGUCAGCUUCCUCCUCUCCCAGCGGUCUCUAUUCCCAACGUCAGCCUUGUGCAAGUUGCAAGUAUACUACAAAAGACGCCUACUGUGCGAUACUGUGAUUCUACUGUAGAAAAACCCCAGCCCAGGAUGUUCAGCACUGCUGUCGCGGAGGAACGUCAUUCACCUUCGCCCCACGGAUGCAGUCUGGCUCCCCUCAUUCAGCCAAUUAUUCAGGACGUUCAGAACCGUAUGAGGGGCUUUGAGCUUAGCGAAUUCAAAGAUGAAUCAAAAGCGUCGGGUGGGCUCCGUGACUCUUCACAGUGA